UCUGAGCCAAUCGUGCGCGGCGCGCUCGGCGGUCACGGGUCUGCGCCGCGGCGGCAGCCGGCUUUAACUGCUCCCGCAGCGGCAUCCGCGGCUCUUCGCCAUGGCCGGGUCCUCUCAGAGCAGCGCGGCGGCGGAGCGCGUCGGCUACAUCACCCGCCUGCAGAGCUUCAGCGCCUGCCACCGUCUGCACAGCGUUCACCUGAGCGACGAGGAGAACACGAAGGUUUACGGGAAGUGCAACAACCCCAACGGUCACGGACACAACUACACAGUGGAGGUCACCGUCCGUGGAAAGAUUGACCGUGUCACCGGGAUGGUCAUGAACCUCACAGACCUGAAGAAGUGCAUUGAGGAGGUCAUCAUGAUCCCUCUGGACCAUAAAAACCUGGACAAGGACGUCCCUUACUUUGCCACUGUUGUCAGCACCACAGAAAACCUGGCUGUUUACAUCUGGGACAACAUGGUGAAGGUCCUUCCCCCCAAUCUGCUCUACGAGAUCAAGAUUCAUGAGACGGACAAGAACAUCGUCGUUUACCGAGGAGAGUAAACCGCUUUCACCGUUGCAGAAGUGCCUGUUUGCUGACUCAGCAAAAACUGCAUUUUUUUUUAACUUCUGAGAUCUACAACUUUUACAUUCCAAUAAUUAUAAAACAAAUCUAAUGUUUUGUUGCUUUUUUUUUUAAUUUAGCAAAUACUGUACUAAGACAGGGCACUGUGACCUCCUGACCUCACAUUCAGAAUUCCUGCUGAUGAAGGAUUUCUAAGAAGGAAAACAAUAAACUAUUUAUUGAUGUUAGUUUGUGUGACUCCAUGUUUGAGUAGAGUUUGGUCCGGUGCUCUUUUCUCUUUUUUUUUGUUCAUAACGAUGUAAAUAACAACAAAAAAGGCCAGAUCUUCAUCACUGGUUUUCCAAGCUCCUCCCAGUCCUCUGGAACGCAUCAACUUCCUUCUAUCAAUAGAAAAGUUCGACUUUUUAAUGGAUGUGUUUUCUGCUUCUCUCAAGUGUUUUCUGUCUUGGUCGGAUGUCAUCAUUUUUCUUUUCUUUCUUCCAUGUUUUGAUGUUCUGCAUUAAUGUAAUCUUCAGUGGUCUUGAUGGUUUUUAAGGCUUUAUUUCUCUCUGUGUGUUUCUCAUUUCUGCUCCUUUUGCUGUAUUUGCUUUGCUUUUUAAAAAUAAAAUAAAAUGUGAAAAAUAAA